CGCCACUGCAGUGCGGGGGGAGCAGCCCUGGAGCUGGGCUUGUCCAGCUCACAGCUCCACACACACCCAGCGGCUCUGUCUGUCCAUCCGCUGUCUGUCCAUCUAACCAAGGGAGGCAGCAGGAGCACGGCCGGCACGAUGCACGCGUGGGGACUGCUGGGACUGAUGCUGCUGACGGCGUCAGUGGGCUCCCUGCCCAGUCUGCGGCCCGCUGUCCCCUCAUCCCUGCGGAGCUCCUCGGGCAGUCCUGUUUUGUGCCUCCUGCCCCGUGCUGAGGCAGAGCUUCGGUGCCGUGUCCCAGGGGGCCCACUGUGCAGCGGUAGAGGCAGGUGUGACUGUGGGGUCUGCAUCUGCCAAGUGACAGAGGCUGGCAAAUACUAUGGGCCCUUGUGCGAGUGCCAGGACUGGGUGUGCGAGAUCUACGAUGGGAAGGUCUGUGCAGGCCAUGGAAAGUGUGACUGUGGGAAGUGCAAAUGUGAUGAAGGUUGGUAUGGUGAAGCUUGUCAGUAUCCAACUACUUGCAAUCUUACACGGAAGAAAAGCAAUGAAAUGUGUAAGAAUUCUCAAGAUAUCAUCUGCUCCGGUGCAGGUACAUGUCAGUGUGGCAGGUGCAAAUGUGUAAACUCGGGAGGAAGUGGACUGGUCUAUGGUAAAUUUUGUGAGUGUGAUGACAGAGAAUGCAUAGAUGAUGAGACCGAAGAGAUUUGUACAGGACAUGGGCAGUGUUACUGUGGAAACUGUUACUGUGAGGCUGGUUGGCAUGGAGAUAAAUGUGAAUUCCAGUGUGACAUCACCCCUUGGGAGAUCAAGAAAAGAUGCACAUCUCCAGAUGGCAAAAUCUGCAGUAAUAGAGUGCAGCUUGAAAGAGCAACAAAGAUGUAUGCAGUAACAGUAACAGUGCACACGCAGAGUUGGAAGGCUAUAUUUGGCACAUGUGUAUGUGGGGAAUGUACCUGCCAUGAUGUGGAUCCAACUGGUGACUGGGGAGAUAUUCAUGGAGAUACCUGUGAGUGUGAUGAAAGAAACUGCAAAGAAGUGUAUGAUAGGUAUUCAGAUGACUUUUGUUCAGGUCAUGGACAGUGCAAUUGCGGAAAGUGUGACUGUAAAGAAGGAUGGACAGGGAAGAAGUGUGAACAUCCACGGUCUUGUCCAUUGUCAGCUGAGGAAAGUGCGAAGAAAUGCAAAGGAAAUUCUAAUUUGCCUUGCUCUGGAAGAGGAAAAUGUGAAUGCGGGCAAUGCACUUGUUUCCCUCCAGGAGACAACAGAGUCUAUGGAAAAAACUGUGAAUGUGAUGAUCGGCAGUGUGAAAGUGCAGAUGGCAACGUCUGUGGGGUGGGGGCUGCAAGGAUGGUUUCUGUGAGACAAGAAGCUGCUCCAUGUUGUACACAGCCAGUUCCAGUUGGCUCCAGAAGAAGGACUGGGAUGACCAAUGCAAGACAGUGCCACGGCGUCUGUUCAUGCGGCCUCUGUGUUUGCCAGGAAGGGUGGUUUGGAAAGUUGUGCCAGUAUUUCAGGAAGUGCAACAUGACAGAAGAGGAGAGCAGAAGUCUCUGCGAGUCUGCAGAUGGUGUAUUAUGCUCAGGGAAGGGGUCCUGCCACUGUGGAAAGUGCAUCUGUUCACCACAGGAAUGGUACAUUUCAGGUGAUUUUUGUGAAUGUGAUGACAGAGACUGCGACAAACAUGAUGGUCUCAUUUGCACAGGUAAUGGUGUUUGUAACUGUGGAAACUGCGAGUGCUGGGAUGGAUGGAAUGGAAACGCUUGUGAAAUCUGGCUGGGAACAGAAUACCCUUAACAAAGGACACCAGAGACUGAGAGUUCUGUUAGUUUAAUUUUUCUUUAGGCUGCUAGAACAAUUUAAUUUUGGAAGUACUCAGAGUGUGCGUGUGUGUAUGCAUGGUGGUAAAUACUCUGGAACUGUCAUGUGAAUGCCUGCUCCUUAAGGAAAUGAAUAGCAAAACAAAAUAAACACAACAACAAAACCCAAGUCAUUUGGGAGCAGGACAGUCCAAGAUCUAAAAACUAAAAUCAUUAAAAAAAAAAAAAAAAUGGUGCCUCCACAGUUUUUUUUGGGUAACUUCAGUGAGGCUGAGAUUGCACACAUUAUGUCUGUUUCUUAAGCAAUCUUUAGAAAAAGUGAAAGUCAUUUGUUUUUACACUAUAUGUUCAGUCCAUAUCAGUAUGCAACAGUAUUCCUGUAGAAGAAUAGCACUAGUUAAGUAUUUGUCUGAUACUUCAUUUGAUACAUUUUAUGGUGUUUGUCAAAAACUUUGACUCUUUACUUUCCAAAAGAUUAUGCCCCACCCCGAGAAAAAGCAUUAAAGUAAUGUAUUAAUUAUUAUUAUUAUUUUUUUUUCAGUCAAAGGAUUGAGAAUUGAAUCUGUAUAACUGAUGUUCUAUUACCUCACAGCCAUAGGCUGAAGACUCAAAGUGUUUGAGGAGAUCCACAAGAUAAUUUCUGAGUUUCUGCGAUUAAAGAGUCAAUAAGUUGGUUAUCCAUUUUAACAUUCUACAGUACUGUCAAAUGCUUAACCUAUAGAAGUAUAAGGAAUUAAACUAACAAAAAUAUAAAUGUACGAUUA